AUUCAAUAUGAUGAGAGCGAAGCACUGAUUUCGUCAGCCUGAUGGACACAAGCGACCCCAGUGCUGUCUUGCUAAUUGAAUGUGUACCCAAAACGGAGAGGAAGUUUUAUUCAUCCGGUCGGUGAAUGCCGAGAUGGGAUACUAGAACAACUUAACUUGUAGCUGUUUUUCAUUGUUGAUUCGGUCGUUGCCUAUAGCGCCUCACGUCGGAAGAUGAUUGAAGAAAGUGUCGAGUUACAAACCGUGUCCGGAGCGGUUGCCUUGAAUGGAACCUACAAGAACUUUACGGAAGAAGCAAUCGAGUUGCCUCCGGCUCGGGAGGUCGCCAACGAAGAUCGAGUCGGUGAUAAGCAUCGUUGGUUCAAAAGUGUGUUUCCAAUCGUGGAAUGGCUGCCGGAGUAUUCCUGGGGUAAAGAUUUCCUGGCGGAUCUAAUCGCGGGAUGUACGCUGGCCACGAUGCACAUUCCUCUGGGGAUGGGAUAUGCACUGAUAGCAUUUUUGCCCCCAUUCGUGGGACUCUAUAUGGGAAUUUUUCCGGUUCUGGUGUACUUUUUGCUGGGAACCGCCCGGCAUAACUCGAUGGGAGCAUUCGCAGCUGUGUGCAUUGUGCUGGGAAAAUCCGUAGUUACGCUGUCUAGUGCCGGUUCGGAUAUAACGGCGGCAGGGAAUGGUACUCUGGAGGGUGUCACUUCUACCGACACUGCCAACGUAGUAGACCCGAUCGGAGUUGCAGCCGCUAUGUGUCUCGCGUGUGCUUUCGUAGAGCUAAUAGUGUACAGUUGCCGCCUGGGCAUGGUGUGCCAUCUACUAUCGGAUACGCUAAUCUCCGCUAUCUUUACCGGAGCUGGUUACCAAGUGCUCACCUCACAGAUGAGAGAUUUACUCGGAUUACCGUUACCACCCAUCGUGGGUAGCUGCCGGUUGUUUCGCACGUACGUUGCCGUAUUUUCGAACAUCGAUCAAGUGAACCUGGUUGCCAUAUUGUUUUCUGGCGUGACAAUUAUGGUCCAAUUGAUCAAUAAUGACUACCUCAAAUCGAAAGUCGCCAAAUUUUCGAGAGUUCCUAUCCCGAUGGAGCUGCUAUUGAUGAUCAGCGGAAUAAUUGUGUCACGCCAUUUUCGCCUACAUGAUGACUACGGCAUUAAGACGCUGGGACCGUUCCCCACCGGAUUUCCAACCCCGGUCAUGCCGAACUUGAAUCUGCUUCAACCCGUCCUGGGAAGUGCCUUCAUGAUAGUAGCAGUGGCGUACAUCAUGUCCGUCUCGAAGGCCCUCUCGGCUGCUAAGGCGAACAAUUACCGGAUCGAUUUCAACCAGGAACUGUUGGCAAUGGGAACUAGCAAUAUUUUCGGCUGUUUCUUUUCCUGUCUGCCGAUUGCGUGUUGUCCUGCUCGUACAACGGCCAUGCAAGCCCUCGGUGGACGAUCCCAGAUCGCAGCGAUCGUGUGUUGUGGAAUUUUGAUUACCGUGCUGCUAUGGAUAGGACCGGUUUUGGAGUCUCUACCGGUUUGUAUCAUAGCUGGAAUAAUUGCUGUCAGCCUGAAGGGACUACUGCUGCAAGUGACUCAGUAUGUGGGUUUCUGGAGGAGAAGCUAUUUGGAUGGAAUUUUAUGGAUGGGCACUUUUGUGACGAUCGUGCUUGUCAGUAUCGACGUCGGUAUUGUGGUAGGACUUGGACUGAGUUUUUUAUAUACUGCCAUUCGAUGGACUCAGUCGUACACCAGUCAGCUGGAGAAUAUUCCCAACACAGAUCUCUACGUGGACGUUAGAAGUCACAAAGGGACUGCGGACAUCCCUCGGAUCAAAAUAUUCCGUUUUUGUGGAAGUUUGAAUUUUUUAACCAUUGUCAACUUCCGACGGAACUUGUACCGGGCAACGAACAUGGAUCUUUCCACCGAAACCAAUCGAUUACGCAGUGGCGCCGAAAGUAAACUAGGACUGCUAAACCGUGUUUUAGUGAUAGAUUUCACGGCUCUUAACGAUAUCGACUCGAUGGCAGAAUCCACAAUGAACACGUUGAUCAACCAACUAGGAACACUAUCGAUCGGAGUAUUUUUGGUAGUAAAAGCUGACAAUCCAAUGCUGGACAAGCUUCGAAGCUUCUUAGGUGACGUUGGAACGAAUAAAUCAGGGUUUUGCCAGAUUUUUCCCGCAAUUCAUGAUGCAGUACUUCAAGCUAGGAAUAAUAUUUUUCAAAAUGGAAUCGAACGGCUAUUGUAGGAAUUUGUUGCUUUAGUCAUAACUUAUAACAAUCAGCGAAAUCAAACCGCAUCGGACUAUCUUUUAUGAGAAAGACAAAUACUGGUUAGAUUUGUAGCUCGUGCUAAAUAUAGAAUAGUCGGCCGAGACGUACUCUACAAUAUCGCUGGUGCUUGUUGUCUGAACAACGAUUAUCGACGAUCACUAAAAAAGUGCUAAUGUUUUCAAAACCAUCAGUAAUUCUGGUAUAUGUACUUAAAAAAUAGUUAGAUGUGAUUUGAUCUUCGGCGUCACGCAGUGCAAUCUAUAGUGCAAUUCUAGUUACUUAGCAUGCUUAUAUGCACGGAAAUCUCCAGGAAUGAUGAUUUUCUGUUUUCGGAAAGUAUUAGUUCAUCAGCUUUAUUCUGCAUUACAUUUGAUUUUGAUGACGGUAUUGAGAAUGCAAUGACGUAGUGUAGAAUAAAGUUUCGUAUAUCAAGUUGAUCGUAGCUUUUAAUGUCUGAAACAGGCAGCAUAUGUGCUUAACGAUUGUUAAUAUUUCAAGCUGGACUUGGUCUUUUAAAUUAUGAUCGAAGGUGAAACGUUAGAGUGAAGAGAUUUUACUUGUACUGAAAUCGAUUUGAACUAGAACAGUAGGAGCCAAAACACGUGGAAUAUAUUUAUUUAUACAUAUCAUAGCCAAACCAUUCAAGUAGAACCGAAAUAUUCACACAUAUUCGAAUCGCUCGAAUUAGCCGCAAUUAACUCGGAGUCGAGCUCGAACCAAUAAGUUCUUCGCCCUAACUUGGGUUCUCAAGGUGC